GGUACCAGAAGAUCAGCUCCGUUCGCGGAGCCGCGUAGAGGUCUCGAUUGCAUCUCCGGAAGCUGAUCUGAGUGGUCUUCGUGCUUACCUCUAAGUGGAGAUUCUCGACGGCGGCAUCUCGAUUCUCGUUCCGCGACGAGAUCGGUUUCGUGAAAUCCACGCGAAAGAUUCUCAAGAGAGCGGCCGAUAGCGCGCGCGCGCGCGCGCGCGUGGACUUGCCGGCGAGUGCGCGGAGUGCCCCGAUAUCGAGUGCUGGAUGAAGACACUUGUCUGGUAUAUAAGUGACAAAGUGUCGGCGAAGCGAGAGAGAGAGGUUUGAGAGGAGAGGUGCUCGAGCGAUCCUUGUUAGCGCCGAGCGAUAUAUCCAGAAGAAGCUGCGGAAACCUGACUACGGAUGGUUAACGACGUAAUGAGCGAGUACGAACGAAUCAAGCGUUCGUGCUUGAAACGGGGUGAGCUCUGGGAGGAUCCAGAAUUUCCAGCGACGCAAACAUCCGUCUUCUACCAUCAGACACCGCCGUUCCAGUUCCAAUGGAAGAGGCCAAAGGAGUUGUGCAAUCGCCCCAUCUUCGUCAGCGAUGCACCGGCUCAGUUCGACGUCAUUCCCGGGAAGAUGGGUGAUAAGUGGCUGGUAUCGUGCCUGGGCGUAUUGCACCUCAGCAAAGGUCUCUUCUACAGGGUGGUACCAGCCGAUCAGGGUUUUGGCAGCGGCGGGGAACCCUCAGGCUCGCCGACCGCCGAGUAUGCGGGGGUGUUCAGGUUUCGAUUAUGGUGGUGCGGCGCGUGGGUGGAGGUCCUUGUUGACGACAGAUUGCCAGCGGUUCACGGAAGACUCGCCUUCGUGCAGAGUCGGCACACUGAUCAGUUCUGGCCGGCCCUGUUGGAGAAAGCGUACGCCAAGCUUCACGGCUCUUACGAGGCACUCAAAUAUGGUACAUUAUUGGAUGGCUUGUCCGAUCUCACGGGUGGUAUUACCGAAAGUAUCGCGAUUCGCCAGGACCCCACGGCCUGUGGACGAGCGCUGUCGAAACUUUUGGACAUGACGUCUCUCAUCACUUGUACAGUAAACAAUAAUCAACAGCAACAGAUACGUGCCAGCACUGAGAAACUCGCUAAUGGCAUACAAAUGGGGAUCAAUUACAGAUUGUAUGCGAUUGAGAGGGUGGAAACUUUUGGCGGGGAAGCAGUGCAAUUAGUAAAAUUAAGGAAUCCCCUCGGACCUGGUGGAGAAUAUGUGGGUGCCUGGGCAAGAGGCGGUCUCGAGUGGGACGAAGUACCUGUGGUAGAAAGGGAACGGUUAGCUGUAAGAAAUAUGGCUGAAGGAGAAUUUUGGAUAUCGUACUCCGAUUUCGUUAAGACAUUCACUCAUCUGGAAGUUGUGCAUUUGGAUGCCGAAACUUCGCGAGACGAACCGUCAUUACACAGUAAGCACACUUGGCAAAUGAAGUUGUAUCAAGGAAGCUGGAGAAGAGGCGUCACCGCAGGUGGAUGUCGAAAUAAUCAAGAGACCUUUCAUAUAAACCCGCAGUUGCAUCUUAUCCUGAGCGAGAUGGAGGAGGUAAUCGUGUCGCUAAAUCAGCAUUCCAUCAUGGAGCCGAAAGUGAUCGGUUUCACUGCGUACACGUUGCCGAAGAACAGCACCGAGUCGAUAAAUAAACAGUUCUUCAAGAAGAACAAGUCCUUAGUUAAUUCGCAAUACACAAAUAGCCGGCAGGUGAGCCACAGGUGUCAGCUCGAGCAAGGUGGUUACUUGCUCGUACCUACGACCUUCGAACCGACUCAAGAAACGAGUUUCACGUUACGAGUCUACAGCAGUAAGCCUCUAAAACUCAAAUUACUCGACACUCCUCCGUCGUUGAUGAAAUCAGCAAUAGUGAAAGCACCUCCCCUCGAAGGAAAGGGUUUCUCUCAAUAUGAAGCCGUAUUUCUACAACUCGCCGACGAGCACAGAACCGUUAACGCUUUUGAGUUGCAGGAGCUUUUAGAAGCCUGUUUACCGAAUGACUACAUCAAAAGUUGUGCCUGCAUGGAGGUCUGCCGACAAGUAGUACUCACGAUGGAUAGUUCCGGGAGCGGCCGGUUGAAGUUCAACGACUUCAAGGAUCUUAUGUGCAGUUUAAAGUACUGGCAAGCAGCUUUUAAGAACCACACGAAGGAAAAGACGGGAAUACUCAAGGCGGAAAGGCUACGCGACGCUCUGCUGGAAGUUGGUUUCCAAUUAAAUACGGACGUAUUAUCCAUUCUGAUUCUCCGAUACAUGAGGAAGGAUGGAACACUCCGAUUCGGCGACUUUGUUUCGGCGAUAUUACAUCUGAGCGACGCGUUUGGCAUAUUCGAGAGCAAGGAUCCUUUGCAGAACGGGACAAUAAAAUUAAGUUUGUCGGAGUGGCUAAGAUCAUCCCUGAUGUGCUGAACCGUCAGUCUACGUGAAUCGUGUACCUUGAGUCGUCUGUAUAUAACAUUCUUUUCAUUCGGAUAUUAGACGUAAGCUUUAGCCAUAUUAACGAUUAGCGAUCGCGUGUGCCCAUCUAUUUACACUUUGUAAAAAUGAUAUCAUCGUCCGUUUUUUUUACUUUAUCGCUAAUCAUCAUUUCCUUAUGUAAUUACUGCAUACACAAGAUUAAGGAGCUAUGUAUAAUAUAUCGUUUGUGUACGGAUAACCGCACUGGAUAAUAAACUUAAGUUUAUUUUACAUAGUUCCUGCAUACUUUUUGUCAUAUAUCGAUGCACAUAUGUGACUUGUAAGUUUAAUAAACCAUGAAUACCCAAUGUA